AAUUACUAUUUAUGUCCGCCAUUCAUUCUUUUGAGUUGCUUUUUCGUUUUACGAUUCCUGAGAGCACGAUUUGUCAUCGAGAUCUACGCAACACCAUCGCGUAAUUAGUUAAGAAGCAGUUGAAACAAUAAACUCCACGCGUUUCGGCAUUGCAGCCACAAGUGUAGUGAAACAACCAUCUGACGUGAUCAUACCGUGAGAUCGUAUCUACCAGUGAUGCUUUUGCUCGCCUUUUACGUUAUCGGUUGCGACGUGCGUUCGAGUGCCUGAUGGUGUGGAAACUAUGUGCGAUUAACUUAAUAAUAACAGAGGACUCAGUAUGGGGGCGUUUUUGAAUAAGCCUGAGACUAAGAAAUACAACGAGAACGGGGAAGGAAAUGGUCUUCGCUAUGGCGUGGCGUCGAUGCAGGGUUGGCGGGUUGAGAUGGAGGAUGCGCAUCACGCGCAGCUAACUUUAAAUGGUACUCUAUCGGACUGGUCUUAUUUUGCUGUAUUUGAUGGGCAUGCGGGCGCGCGGGUUUCAGCACACUGCGCAGACAAUCUCCUUGAAUGUAUCCUUCAGACGGACGAGUUUCGGCGCGAGGAAAUUGCCGAGGCGAUCCGUGCCGGCUUCCUGGACUUGGACAAGAAGAUGCGAGAGCUACCGGAGCUGUGCAAUGGCCAGGAGAAAUCUGGCUCGACGGCAGUGUGCGCGUUCGUGUCGCCAAAGCAGAUAUACAUAGCCAACUGUGGUGACUCCCGAGCUGUGCUAGCUCGUAAUGGAACGCCGAUCUUCGCUACGAGAGACCACAAACCUGAACUACCGUCAGAGAAGUCUCGUAUUGUUCAGGCUGGUGGUUCAGUCAUGAUACAGCGUGUUAAUGGUAGCUUAGCUGUGUCUAGGGCGCUCGGAGACUACGAGUACAAGAAGGUGAAGAAUCGCGGACCGUGCGAGCAGCUGGUGUCCCCAGAGCCUGAGGUGUCUGUACAUGAGCGGAAUGAGGUGGAGGAUGAGUUCUUGGUGCUGGCCUGUGAUGGUGUGUGGGAUGUGAUGAGUAAUGAGGCACUGUGUGCGUACAUACACUCAUUGCUUCAGCUGACUGAUGACUUGGUCGCUGUCACCAACCAGGUCAUUGAUACCUGCCUUUAUAAGGGCAGCAAAGACAACAUGAGCAUCGUCCUGGUGGUGUUCCCCGCCGCGCCGAAGCCGAACGCCGAGGCCCAGCGCGCCGACCGGGAGCUCGACGAGACGCUCCGACAGAGGCUCACAGCAUUGAUCGACCGCACCGAGGAGCUGGAGGACACGUCGUUUCACUUCUCGUGGGUGAUGAAGCAGCUCGUGCAGGAGAACAUCCCCGGCCUGCCGCCCGGCGGCGGGCUCGCGGCCAAACAAUCGCUAGUGGACAAAAUAUACAGGGAGUUCUACCCGGACCACCCGGACAGCUCGGAGACGUUCGACUGCCAGAGCGAGCUGGCGGACGCGUUCAGCGCUAACUAAUGCCUACAUUACGUUCUACACUAACACUUGCGGGACGUGAUCGUACACCAGCCGUGUAUAUCCACCGACGGAGCGCGGACACUGACUACAUGUCGAAUUUCUAUUUGAUAUUCAAAUUGAUUCAAUUGAUCAAUUUGGUGAGUAACUUUAGGAUCGUUUCUUUAUAAACAGUGGCAGUCACUACUAAAGUAAUUGUAAUGUUGACAUAUCAAACCAAAGCCAAUUUUCAAAUUUAAAGUAAGAUAAAACGAGGCAGGAACUGCAGAAUUCUAAUGGAAUUCAAACAUGUUUGAAUUUAAAAGCGUGUACGCUUGCUAAGUGUGCGGUUUCGUCCCAAAAUUAGCUGGAUACAUCAUAACUAGUAAAGUCAAACAAUAUUGCAGUUACACAUCUGAUGGUCUUGAAAUUAGUAACAUUUUGUUUUGUACAUAACGCAUUGCUGAGUUGAUGCUCAUGUCAAUUUAUUUUUGUAUUUGUCUUGUGCACGGUGUUAUUUCCUUGGUUUAAUACCUGUUAAGAAACAUACUUAUUUGUAAACUGUCUCGAAUGUCAGGUAACGUAGCUGUAAUCUUGUUUGAUUCAGUCUAAGCCUGCGCUUCGGCUGUGUUGAUUGCGGUUCUAUAAGCCACAGAACUACCCCCACUACUCGGUAGAUUGUUUUUUGUGAGAGCAAACGCGUGCCUAUGUCUCCAUUGCUUUUCCCUACUUAAUUAAGCUAGCUAAGUGACGUAGCUUGUGAUUUAUUUACAAUAAAACUGUGAAUCCCAAACUAUUCCCAUAUUACCGACAACUCAACAGGGUCGAAGCAAAAUCGAAUCCAAAAAUGCAUAUACUAUGUAAUACUCUAUAGGCUGUGGUAUGGGCCUUCAAUACAGAUGCCAUACGCGAGCCUCCCGCGGCCGCGGCCCGAGGCCCGCUCGGCGCCGCGACACCAGCCUUCUCCUUCCUCCCUUCAUUUGUAAAGCAAACAUCUUGAUUUUUACGCGUUACAAUUUUUAUUAUUUUUGUAGUUUAGAUAUUUUUGUUUCGUGUUAACAUUGGCCAUUCGUGAAUGUCAUAAUAUUAGAUGUAUAAUAUUAGAUAUUCGAUUGGAUGUAAUAGAAAUUCUAUGAUACAAUAUAUUUUGUGUGAGCGGUUAAUUUUGUAGUUUCCGUUCCCGCGCUUAACAUUUGUUAAGAACUUUACUGCUGCAGAUUUAGCUAAACUUGCUUAGUGUUUAGCGAAAAUUGUUUAUUCGUAGCAAAAUUUUCUUGAAAUGAAUGUUGAGCAUUUAUAAAACAUAUUCCAAAUGGCCAGUCGAAUUUAGUGUAAUCUUAUGUUCCGUUUCACAUAAAAGCCUAAAUACAAUUGGUAAAUUGGUUUCUCAAUUCUAUAUAAUAAAUAUUUAGAUUGUUUUUGUACAUAUUUUAUUUUCUUUACUACAACACACAUAGUCAUUAUCCUAAACGUCGAAAUAACAUUUAAAAAGUUUAAACUAGAUUAAUUGGGAAUUGGAAUAUGGGGUAAUAUUAAUUGUUAGGUUUUUUAUUUUUCAAAAAUAUUCUUCGUUUCGUGUUACACAAAAAAUGGAUUUAGAUUUAAUCGCUUUUUAAAAGUUACGCGUUAUUCAAAAAAUGGGUAUGCUUUUAAAUUUUUGCUUCGUACUAAGAUAAAAUUGAAUAAAAGUAACUAAUCUGUUGAAGCGCGUAGUGUCUGUGGCCGUACAAAAUAUCAAAUUAGACCGAAUUCCAUUCGUCAUAUAAUGUUGUUACCAAAUUCUAUGUGUAAUGUUCAUUUCUGAUGUUCACCUCUUGUAAAUAAAAGAGAAUAGAAAAAAGAUACUUUUGUACCUGUUUGUGCGGUUUAUAGCGUGUAACUAACUAAUUGUGAGGAGUUGAUGCAGACAGACGUUGAAAUACAUGUAACAUUUUAGUACACACAUCAGUUAAAAUUCACAUCUUUUUAAUUACCUACAACAGCUUUAAGUCAAGAGUAAGUAUCAAAAAUUAAAUAAUGAAACAUUGUUCUUUAAGCCUGUGUGACCAGUUGUUGUAUUGCUAUAAAUGAUUGAUACAUGUAUUUCCGAUGUCUGCUACGAGUAUGUAACUAAAUAGAUUUUACUGAACAAAAAAUAUUUCAGAGGUUUUAAAGUGUGACGUAUUAAGAGGGAGGCAUUGUUUUAGUAUAUCUUACGAUUGAAAUAAUAACAAAACUAUUAUAUAGUCACGUUUCAAUUUACAAAUGCUACUUCAGUAUACGAAUAAAACAUUUUGAUAUUUCCGGUUGAUAAGUGAAAAAUUAAAACAACUAUUCAAAGUUGCAUUCGUAAAUUCAAACUCACAUAUUGAAAAUUCAGACCAUAUCUAAAUUAGUUUAAUAUAUAACAUAAUAAACUACUGAACAUCUGAUUGCUAGAUAUAAAAUUAUUAUCUACUUUAUUGGUGGUAGCAAAGCUAUUGCGAUUUAUUUUUUCAUUUUGUGCAAGGCAGCAAAAUACCUUUGGAAAAUACCGCACCGAGUCCUACACUCAAGCUUAAAUCCUACUUAAAAUUAUUUAUAUUAGACUUUAUUCAGAUGAAUAAAUAGUCGUGUUAUGCUGCCUUGCGUCAGAACUUCGCUAUGACCCCAAAUUUGUCAGUUAAUAUUGCUUCCAUCUAAUAAUUUUCUAUAUGUUAUACCCAGAAUAUUUUUAUUACCCUUUUCAACCCAUUGUCGAGGAUCCAGUUCACGUGUUAUAUGACUUAUAUAGUUUAGUCACAUAAAUUGUGUUUUGUACAAUCGUGGUUUUAGAUUUUUAUUGCAAGCUAUCUGUGACCACCACACGGUGUAUGUCUGUACAUGUGUGGUGACGAUGGCGCGUUAUUGUCCCUCUCUUGUCCUAAACUUUACGGUUACGAUUGACUUCAUAUUCCUCUUUUUUACUAAACCAAAUAUUAAUAUUAGACAGUGGGUUUUGAAUUGGAUUUUUUUACGUCCAUCCACGACGAGUAUGUAGGUUUGCGUCUGGUUGUCUUUUUUUUAAUUUUUGCUUUCAGACGAAAGUCAACGUAUCACGAAGUGUGUCUCGUUAUUAUCUAGUAGACGCUUGAACAAUAAAUACCUGUACCUUGACA